CCACAACAAUAACAACAAAGGGUGUAGUUGAGACCUAGACGGAGCUAGUGAAAAGAACGACGUUGCUCCGAAUUCAGGGUCCAGAAACGUUAAUUUCUUCUGCGAAGAAAAGCAAAUAUAUUUUUAUACCUUGAAGAAAAUAUCUACCUCAGAGUGCAGUUUUGUAUGUCAAGAUAUUUUUUUUUGCUGUUUACAGUUUUCUUCCUGCCGCCGCCGCAGGCCUUUCUAUAUUUUGUGUUUGUUUUGCACACUUUGGGAAACUAUGAGUGACAUUCAGAGUGCCCUCCUUGUCAGAUGAGCACCUCGCCCCUCAUGCCCGUCCGCACCUUCCGGGAAACUUCUCCAAGCAGCGGCUCCCGCAGCUGAUGACCAAAGCACCCCACCCUCUCCCGCCGCCCGCCGCAGGUCUGACCUGCCCAGCGCAGCCCCCGAUCCCCAGGUCCACAGCCGACGCUACCGCCACCAUGUUCCAGAGGUUCACCAGCAUCCUGUUCGGAGACUCCGUGGAGGAUAUCCGAGGAGGCAUGGCUCAGCCAGGCUUCGAUGAGAAAGAGGAUGACGAUGAGUGGAUCUUAGUGAAUUGUCUGGCUGAGGCCUAUGCAGGCUCCUGUGGGGACGGCCUGGUGGAGGUUAGCCCUGAGGACCUGGCUGACCUGGAGGCCCCCUCUCCUGAACGUCCGCUUCGCUCCUACUCCUGCUCCUCGCUGGACUCGGCCGCUGACACCGACCUUGACCCAGAGGAUGGUGGUUUCUUGCGGCUGGAUGCGGCAGGCGAAGACGAGGAGGAGGAGGAGGACGUUGACGAAGGAGAGGAUGGGGAGUUUAAGGGCUGCGCAUUGGAGGAGAGCUGGUUCAUCACCCCACCGCCGUGCUUCACCGCGGGGGGGCGCACUCCUGUCCUGCUGGAGACCAGUCCCCUGGAGAACCUACUGAUCGAGCACCCGAGCAUGUCCGUCUACGCUGUCCACAACCCUCGCCAUGCCAGCCGACCCCUGGUAAAGGAGAACUCUCAUCAUGAGCCAUCCCUGCACAGGACGGAGGUCCAGCGCCGGCCAAGCCACUCUACUGGCUGCUAUGCAGCUGCCCUGGCCGCCCACGCCAGCCUUCUGGCGCAGGUCAAACAUGGCCGCCUUGCUCAGCGUGUCCGGGACAACGUGGAGCGCCAGAGCCUCUCCCGAAACGCCCUGCGCCGCCUCAACAUGCUCCGUGAGGGCCGGGCCCGUCACGCCAAGUCCACUACUGGGCUUGUCCAUCAGCCUGGUCAGAGGCACUUCAACUACUGAAGCCGCCCCUUUCACCCCCCUUCCCAUCACCUGCCCUCCUUCUGCCCCAACAAUCAGCUGUCCAAACCACCCCACCACCACCUCCAUGGCCAGGAAUAUGUCUUUCACAAAGAUGUAAUAAUGGAGUACUUUGCAAAUCAGAGCCUUUAUACCGUAGGUCACUUUAUUAAUAGCAGGUUUGCUCGCAACUGGAUAGAUAGUUUUGAGGUUUGUCAGAGAAGAGCAACACCAAUCCCACUCCACUUUUCUCUGCUUUGAGCUGUGUGUGGAAACAAACAACUCUUUGUGUGUGUCUGUGUGUGAGUAUGUGUGUGUGUGUCAAAAACAUGGAGCUGCCAUGUUUGAUGCUAGUGUUGAGAAGAACGUGUGAUUUGUUGGUUAGUGCCAGAGCAGACAAGCAGAUGGGAAUUUUGCCUUCAUAAUAAGCCUCAACUGGUGCUCUACUACCAAGAGCCAGGUGAACAUCUUAUCGUCCCUGGCCAUGAAGAACAGUUACCACACAAAAUGGCAGUGUAGAUUCUCAGUGUCGUUUCAAAGCCAUAAUAACUUCUUCAGGCUAGUAACACAGUCUGUCUUGGGUAGAGCAAACUUUGCUGUGAUUUAUAUAGAUUAGUACUUACACUUUUAUUUUGUGAAUUGAAAAAAAGAAAACGUAUAGUUCAAUAAUGGGUGUUUCACUAACAGCCUCGUUUGAAUAGUAGACAAAUAAUGUAAAAUAUAUAUAAAAUGGAAAAAAAAUUCCAAAAAUAUUUUUUGAAAGGAAAAAAAAGAUGGCUUAUAUAUUACAUAUCAGUAUGAAUUUGUGUAUGCGCGUAUGUUAUUCUGUGUAUGUAUGUAAACCACAGUUUGUUUUAGUUUUUAUCUCUAAAUUAUGUGGUUCAUUGUAUGGUUGUGUAGUUCUAGAUUCCAGAAUGAUGAAAAACGUUGAAAAAAAAAACUUUUUGAAUAUUGUAUCUUUCUUGUAACUUGUAAAUCUGCAGUACACUUCUCAGGGUCAGGACUCUUCACCUUUUACUAAAAUGCAGAUUACUUGAUGGAUGUUAAUUGUCUUGUACAUACUGGAAAACCUCUUAAAAUUAUCAAAUGUGGACAAUGCCUUGUGAGAUGUUUGUAAUCCGUGGAACUUCUUAAAGGAGAAAAAAGGUGUUUUUCAUUGAAGCAGAAAAGAAGUUAAAUGCUUGCUUGAGGACUGUGAAAAUUAUCUUUUUUUUUUCUCCUCAAUUGACUGUUAAAACGUAUGAAGAUGGAGUGAAAUUGUUAUUUUUACAGUACAGUGAUCUUUCCAUAGUUUUAUGUGUGUCUGAUUUGGUUUCAUAAUCUUAAUACUAUCCUUACCCAAUAGAAGUGUACCAGUUCUCAGAGCAGCAGUCUUUCCUACUGUUAUCUGUUGUUAUUCCUUACUGCCUUAUGAAUAUCCCUUAUCAUAUGUGGAGAUCAGAGGGCCAUGAUUGUUCUGCCCAGACUGAAUUCUGUUGAAGGAAAGGGCAGUCGGGAAUGACUAUGGACACCAUGCACCUUCCAGAUUCACUUGUUGUUUUUUGUUGCUCUUAGAUCCAGUGCAAAGGACUAUUGAGUGCUCACUAUUGUUUGGUUGUUACUUCCUAUGCUCUUCUUUUUCAAUCAGUUGGUGGCAUACACAAGACACUAUGUUAUAUAGCUCUUUAGGACAGUUGUCUUUGUGUAUGUGGCUGUGUGUGAUGUUGUAGUAUGACUGUGUAUGCUGUUUCCGAUUCUUAUUUGUUACUCAGUUCAAAAGACGAAGGGAACGGGAGCUGUGCGAAUUGUCUCCAUUUUCCACGAAUAUGCUGGACAAGCCCCCCACCCCAUCUUCUCUCAAUUUUGCAUAUGUUUAUCACAGGGAUUCUAUUAUUUUUUUGCCUUGAAUUGUGUUGAUCACGUGCCUUCCAGGUUAAAACAUUAUGACAAUGCAUUUACAGAGAACUUGAAAAGUCCAGUAAGGACAAAACCAUAAACAAAAAGCGAAUUUCUAUGCACAGGGGUUAGAAUGACUCUGUGAACCACUUGCUCUGUACACCUUUUAUACACAAAAUGUAGCAGACCUCUUUUGUUUAAUGUGUGAAGUGUAUUUUCUGUGGCAUUUGUUUUCAUUGCGUGUUUAGACUGUGCUUUCAAUUGAUUUUUAUAGUUUACUGGAAUUAUACAGCACUUUGCCAAAAGUAUAGGGUUUAGUAUCACAUUUAUUUAUCUGUAUUUGUUCUUAUUUUGAACCAUUACUAAUGUCAUUGACUGUUUGUAUUUUCAUUUUAAUUUGCAGAUGCAAUUAUGUAGCCUGAUCUGUUUCACUGAAAUGCAUUAUUUGGUAAAACCAUGUAAGCUACCAGUCUUCAAUAAAACGUUUCAUUAUACAA